AUGGUUAAGCGCAAAAGAGGAAUGUUGGAUAAAAUGCGGAAAAAGCUAAAGCUAUUUCAAGAACAAUUAGAUAAUAUGCUUUCUGGACCUCCUUUCUUCUUUCUUUUAUACCAGGAGGCGUCUUCGUCAGACUCCACUUCAACUUCAAAUGACUAUGCAUCUGUCUCUGACACCGAAGUUUCAAAACAACCCCUAAUUUCUACUGUUCAGGCUGAUGUGCAUUGCACAAAAGACGGGGAUUUAACAGACGUUCUUGGAACUGACCCUAAUAAGAAGUUCGCAGAAGGAAAACAGAUUCCAGAACAACUGGCAACCCGGUGGACUUGUUUUUUACAGAAGGGUUUUGAUCGACAGAUGGAAAAUACUCUCUUAGAACAAUGGAAUUUCUCUACAAAUUGUUCAGCACUUCAGAGUCCCAUAAUGAAUCCGGAGAUUCUGUCACUCCUUCCAGAUUUUAAUCAAAAACAAGAUACUUUUUUCUCAAAGUUACAAGAUCAACUUGGUUUAGGCCUAAGUGUUUUAGGCCAAGUAUUUGACACAGUAAAAUCAGACAACAUAGACCCUAAGGCGCUGCUGUCAAUGAUUUCCGAUGCCUCAAAGUUUUUUUCAAAGUACCUACAAGUUUCGGAAGAAAAAUUUCCAGGGGAGAAUAAAAUCAGGAGCAAGGAACAGGGAAUAUUUCAAGAACAAAGAAAACAACCGAAUCAAUCAGAGGAAGAAGAUCCCGCAAUCGAGAUACCGCUAAAAGAGGUAAAAUAUGCAGGUCAAUUAAAGUUUUUUAAAGAUAACUGGGAACAAAUUACCUACAACAAAAUUAUACUGCAGUGGCUUGGAGGGUAUAAAAUUCCAUUCAAGUCUCGACCUUUUCAAGCCAAAGAUCCUGCUAUGAAAGUAGUUUCUGUUUCAGAACUCACAAUAUUAAAUACAGAAAUUAAAAAAUUGUUAUUAAUAGGUGCAAUUAGACAAUGCAAUCCUGAAAAAUCCCAUAGUACAAGGCAUGCUGCUUCAUCAGCUGCCUUUAAAGCUGGGGUUUCCAUAGAUACAAUUAGAAAAUCAGCUGGGUGGUCUAAUAAAUCCAAUGUUUUUCAUACCUUUUACCAUAGACCUCUAAAAAAGGAAACAGAAUUUGAUGAUGCAAUUGUAGGUUUACUACACACAUAG